GGCUAGGGGUAAAACAUGUAGCAUAGUUAAUGUCCAAAUCUGUAUGAAUAGACCAAAAUUAUCACAAUGCCUUUUUAGUAAACGAUGAGAUGCAUGAAAGAAGCCUUAGUUCCAUCUGCACAUGCAGCAGCACCACAAUUGACAUGGACUGUUGCUGAAGCGAGCUGCUGGUCUGAUCCAAUCAAUUCCAGUGCAGUUGGGCUUGACCUGAAAAAAGGGGCGGGAAAUCAGGGCCGCUGGUGGGUCUCCCUUUCUUUGCGACCCUCUCUUUCUACUCUUUCUCUCUCGCUCUCUCCGUCUUCUUUCUCGCUGUUGGAGACUCGAGACCACCGACCCGUGGGUCCCUCUUUCUCUCUACCCUCACUGGUGGCUGUUACUUGACCAGGAUUCUAUGUGCAGGGUAUGUGGUCUAUUUGGCCAGCUGGCUGGCUGGCAACCCGUGGGUGGCUUUGUUGGGUGAGGGUUAGGAUUAAGAUUUCUUGCUUACCCAUCUAAAUUGAUUUGGGACCGCAAGGAGACGCCGAGGAGCCCUGAAUAGCCUCAAGACUAGGAGAAUUUAGCG